AUGGAUGACAUACUGGUCAUUUGUCAACAUGGUAGUGGCUUAUGGUGUCCAUGGAUGACGUAUGGAUCAUUGGUGAACAUGGUAGUGGCUUAUGGUGUCCAUGGUAUACCAAUAGAUGACAUAUGGGUCAUUGGUCAACGUGGUAGUGGCUUAUGUUAUCCAUGGGAUACCCAUGUAUCACAUAUGUGGCUUAUGGUAUCCAUGGAUGACAUAUGGGUCAUUGGUCAACAUGGUAGUGGCUUAUGGUGUCCAUGGAUGACAUAUGUGUCAUUGGUCAACAUGGUAGUGGCUUAUGGCGAAGUAUUUUACGAUAGGGGAAGAAAUAGCAGGGAAACAGUUGCUUCAAGAUGCAGUCGAUCAGGGGCAGUUGGAUGCGAUCUUCACUCUGGGAAUGAUGUUGAUAGCCGAAGACACUGA